AGAGACAGAGAGACAGAGAGACAGAAACAGAGAGACAGAAAGAGAGACAGAGAGACAGAAACAGAGAGACAGAGAGACAGAAACAGAGAGACAGAAACAGAGAGACAGAGAGAAGAGAGACAGAAACAGAGAGACAGAACAGAGAGACAGAAACAGAGACAGAAACAGAGAGACAGAGAGACAGAAAGACAGAAACAGAGAGACAGAGAGACAGAGACAGAGAGACAGAACAGACAGACAGAGAGACAGAAACAGAGAGACAGAAACAGAGAGACAGAAACAGGAGACAGAAACAGAGAGACAGAGAGACAGAAACAGAGAGACAGAAACAGAGAGACAGAGAGACAGAAACAGAGAGACAGAGAGACAGAAACAGAGAGACAGAAACAGAGAGACAGAAACAGAGAGACAGAAACAGAGAGACAGAGAGACAGAAGACAGAAACAGAGAGACAGAGAGACAGAAACAGAGAGACAGAAACAGAGAGACAGAGAGACAGAGAGACAGAAACAGAGAGAACAGAAAGAAACAGAGAGACAGAAACAGAGAGACAGAAACAGAGAGACAGAGACAGAGAGACAGAGACAGACAGAGAGACAGAAACAGAGAGACAGAAACAGAGAGACAGAGAGACAGAAACAGAGAGACAGAAACAGAGAGACAGAGAGAAGAGACAGAAACAGAGACAGAAACAGAGAGACAGAGAGACAGAGAGACAGAAACAGAGAGACAGAAACAGAGAGACAGAAACAGAGAGACAGAGAGACAGAGAGACAGAAACAGAGAGACAGAGAGACAGAAACAGAGAGACAGAAACAGAGAGACAGAAAACAGAGAGACAGAAACAGAGACAGAAACAGAGAGACAGAGAGACAGAGAGACAGAAACAGAGAGACAGAGAGACAGAAACAGAGAGACAGAAACAGAGAGACAGAAACAGAGAGACAGAGAGACAGAGAGACAGAAACAGAGAGACAGAAACAGAGAGACAGAAACAGAGAGACAGAGAGACAGAACAGAGAGACAGAAACAGAGAGACAGAAACAGAGAGACAGAAACAGAGAGACAGAGAGACAGAGAGACAGAAACAGAGAGACAGAGAGACAGAGACAGAGAGACAGAGAGACAGAGACAGAGAGACAGAACAGAGAGACAGAGAGACAGAAACAGAGAACAGAACAGAGACAGAAACAGAGAGACAGAAACAGAGAGACAGAAACAGAGAGACAGAGACAGAGAGACAGAAACAGAGAGACAGAAACAGAGAGACAGAGAGACAGAGAGACAGAGAGACAGAGAGACAGAGAGACAGACAGAGAGACAGAAACAGAG